AUGGACCAAUUUCAAGACCGCCAAGAUGUCCAAAUAUGGAAUGCCAUCGAGGCAAAGAAUUACAAGCAAGCCUUGAAGCUCGUCGACAAAAGGCUGGCCAAGAAACGUACCGACUAUCAUGAGGCUCUCAAAAUCUACAUCCGGGCUCUUUCCCCUCAAGUCUCUGAGAAGUCCGCUGUCUUGCAGCAUCUAGAAGAGUUGGCGGAGAGAAAAAAGGCUUUCUUGGACUCGACGAUUCUUGACUGCUACGACGACGCGUUGGAGAAAGUGCUUUCGAACCCCAGAGAACAUUGGGCUAAGAUCAUUGGGGAGAUGAGAUGGCAAUCAGUUAAGGCUAGUCCGAAGAACGAAGACACGAGCAUCGAGUGCUUCCACAGAUGUCUUUCUAUGAAUGACUUGGAUCAUGCGCGGCAGAUCCUCACACAGAUUGCCAAUAGCCUCGAGAAAAACUUUCCUAAGACUCGUGACUAUGUUUUCUGGAAUAUAUCAACCAUGUUCUUGUUCUCGAUUCAACCCAGUUGUCCGGAGAUGCAAAGAAAGAUAUGGGGAGGUCUAGCAUUUGGGACAAUAACCAAGCUCGCUACUGCUACCAAACAAGCUACAGACCAACAGAAGCUUCCCCUCCGGGCCAUUCAAACACCACAAGAACUUCUUCUCUUGCAAAGAAUCACGCAGACCUGUGGCAAGAUAGAGCAACGUCUGGAAUAUCUCCAGGAUCCUCUCCUUGGACCCGAGUCUGUGGUUGCCAAAGGCGAAUGGGAGCUGUGGAGGCUCAAACUGGAGCUCCUUGAGAAAGCCCAAGAAUGGAAAGAGCUUUUUGAAGUUACUGGCUCGUUACUCAAGCGGUCACGUACCAAAAACGAGGCUGGUAAUUAUUCGGAGGCGAGGUUGGGUGAUUGGGUAGUCUGGGAAGCGUACGUCCUCUCUGCAGGUCAAUUGAAGGAUCGAAAGGCUACUUCACAGACUUGGAUAGAAGUCAAGGCUCACUUAGAUCCGGAAUGUGGAAUUGACAAAAGCUGGAAGAGGAACGCAUCUUUGGCCCUGGUCAAGAUUACAUUCGAAAGCUCUUCACCGUUUUCGGAAACUACCCAAGAGAAUGGCGGCUUGCCACACCGAGUUACUGCCAGUAUCGGGUAUCUGCAAAAUUAUGCCAGUGCUAGUACUGCGUACAAUGAUCUCAGACCAUUCAUCGGCAAGAUGAGCCAGGAGGAGAGGAAACAAUUUAUCGGAGCCUUAGACAAGGACACGCUGUUUGAAAACGGCGAGAAGUCCCAAAGUCUUGCAACGGCGCGUCAAAUCACGGAAUCGAUCAACAUGACUAAGUUGAAAUACCUCCUGAAAUGCAGUCUACCUGAGCACGAUCGGACACAGAGUCCAGAGAAGAGAGAUGGAAACACUGAGUUUACAUCGCAAGAGUCCAUAGCCUCGUACCGAAGCGCAAUCAACGACGAUGGGCGCAUCACCAAAGACCUUUUGAGCACCGAUAGGCAUCCAGCAGAUGAUUUCGCCGUCCUUGCAGCCACCACCUUGAUCAGAAUCGCUCUGGUAAGCUCCGACACCGGCUCCGAGCCCCUGAAGACCACAAGAUCCAGCUAUUUGUUGCAAGCUACAGUAUUGCUUGAGAAGGCCUGGACACACUCCAAAUCCAACUUCCAGAUUUCCUUGGUGCUAGUCCGCCUCUACAUCUACCUUGGAUGCGGAUCCCUAGCCAUGCGGUCGUUCCAGCGUCUCGCGCUCAAACAAGUUCAACUGGAUACCCUCUCCUACAUCCUCUUCGAUAGGAUAUCAAGCUUUCAUCCUCACCCGUUCACGCAUUACCCCGAUGGGAUGGCCAAAUCCAUUACUCCGAUCGAGCAGCUGCGGAAACACCAGAAGCUCUACAAAAGUGCGCAGGAGCACGUCGUCAAGAACGUUUCGCUAUCAUUCAAGCACAACAGCUACAACUCUAUUUUUGAGAUCAAGGAGGUGGAGGAGACUCUGUCAAAAAGUCUGGCAAGGGUCAUGUCUGUGAUUGAAAGCAGAAAAGUGGCUCGUCUGAUGGAGCCGAAAACUUCGUUGACUGAAAUCUCGCAAAGGUUUGACAUUCUCGUACCUAGCACAGAAGAACCGGCAACCCUAUUCGCCGACACAAACGACUACUCCACCUUCCCCAAUUAUGAAAGUGCUUCAGGGCCCUCCUUCGAAGAACUCUCUAGAUUUGUGCCAGCUCCAUCCAACACCCGGUACCGACUCGCCCUUGCCACCUCCAAGCUAGCCCUUAUCACCUCCCCAUCAACCUCGAGCGGUGAAGCAGCGUUGCUCCAGCAAUGGCUCAAACAGUAUCUCGCAACCCCAACUCCAAAAAUGGGAGCCAAAGACUUGACAGUCGCUGAGACACUAGCUCAAGCGAGCUAUGAUGCGUUGGCACAUGUCCUGCAUACCGCGUACGAUAAGGAGCUGAACGUGGAGCCGGAUGUGAAGGGAAGACUGGAUGGGUGGAACUCGGAUCUGGUUCAGGCUCUUGAAAAACAGCUCAAGUUUGUGCAUGAGAUGGAGGGCGUUGCUCCCCCGCUCCAAAGCACACUGCACGCUCUGUAUACAUCGCAUGAAGUCGGCACUGCUGCUUUGAGCUUUUCCGCGUUCAUCUCGCGCCAGGGGAAGAAUAUUGUUUAUGAGAAGCAGGUGGAGGCCAGUCAGCUGGUUAAGGAGGUUGCGGAGAAAUUGCUGGCGGCUGUGGAGGAGAAGUGUAGGGGUGUUAAAGGAGCUGUGGAUGAGGGGGGGUGGAUUGAUCGGGUGCUGGAGUGUGUAGUGCCGGAUGAGGAUGGGGUGAGCAAGGAUGUCGUGAAGGAAUUGAAGGGGUUGGUGGAUGAAAACUUCAUGGAGGCGUGGGCGGGCGAGGUUGUGGAGAGCUGGAAGGAUUCUGUUGUUGGACUGGCGCUGCUCAAAGUGGGUUCCGCUGCAAGCGUGUCUUGA